AUGAUUGGAAAAUCAAUUGCCGCCAAGGCAUUCAACCCCUUCACAGGUGGUACGGUAAACAUAUGCAAUGAUAACACCAACAAUAACGUUACGGAUCAAAAGCCUUUAGCCAUAACCACUUUAAAUCAUCAAAUAGAACCAUGGAUGCAAGAAGCUUUUGCUUCGUCUAAAUUUGAGCCCGGAAAAAUACCCACGGUGCCGCCACCUCGUCAAUUUAUCAACUAA